AUGCCGCUUGACGAAAUUUCUGAAGAUAUCGACGAACCUCAUCCUAAUGAAGAAACAGAGACGAUUCCAGAUGAUUGGGUUGUUGGAUCAAAAAGUGAUGGUGAUAUGCGUUUGGAAAUAUUUCUCAAGUAUAUGCUGGCAGUCGGAAUGACAUCUAAUGCCAAUCGAAGAUUUAUCAAACUUAUCUGUCGUUUGAUAACAAAAACUGACAUGUACUUCGUAUUUUCCUCACUAUUACAAUCAUUUAUUGACACAAAGAUUACUAAGAAUGAUCCUCAUUAUGACAUAGCAUCACUCUAUGUUGAAAAAUAUCGCACUACAAAACGUAUAGAAAAUUUAUUGACCCUAUAUACACUUGAAUGUCCUUUCUACAAAAGUCUUGGAUAUGGAGAUGAAACCGCCCUUUUGUAUAUGCCUAUUAUAUGGCAACUGCACAAACUACAACAUCGCGCUUUUACUGGACGUUCUUAUCGUGGUUUGACCAUGACUCAAAAAGACUUUCGUGCUUAUCAAUGGGCUGAAGAGAAUCACGAACGAAGCAUAACAAUACAAAGUUUCUGUUCGACAUCUGUAGUCGAGAAAGUAGCACUUAAAUUUGCAGGCGUAGGAAAUGGACAGACGAGUAUUUCCGAUCGAGUACACAUUUUAAUGGCAAUGGACUUUCGAACCGCAUGCCCGACAGCCAUUCGUUUGUAUAAAAUAUCGAAAAAUACGGAAUGCUUGUCAGCAUACGAGGAAGAACUAGAAGUUCUUGUCUUGCCCGGAACGAUAUUUCGUGUCACUAGUAUUGAAAUGAUGAACUCAGUGUAUGUCAUUUAUCUGGAGAAUAUUCUAGCGAAAUGGGACCCUGAUUUAAUUUUGAAAACUAUGACUAGACAAAACAUGGUGAAUGAGUUAAACGAAAUGUUUCAAAAGGUAUUAUCCCAAACAGAGUCCAAUUGA